CAUCAAUUUUUUCUAACAAAGCUCGGUCUUCUCCUCCUCUCAAAAAAUAUAUAAAUAAAUAAAUAAAAGAGUCACUCUUGUCCUGUCCUCCAUUGUUAAUUAGACAAAACUGUAAAUAUAUAUAAAUAUUUUCCAUAUAUAUAAAAAAAAAACAUCAACCAAAUUCAUUGCAGCGACUCGACGGUAUUGUGUUGAAGUUUUCUGAUGGAUUUACGAUAUUUUCUUGCACUUUUCCUCGGCCUUGUAUGCUUCUUUCCGGAUCUCUCCCUUUCCGCUGUUCGUGUACCAAAAUGGCUUGGAGAAAAGAAAGGAGAUGAAUCGGUGAUUCGAAUGAAAACGGGGGCUUCUUCUGUUUCGUUUGAUCCAACUCGGGUUACUCAGCUCUCAUGGAAUCCCAGAGCUUUUCUUUAUAAGGGAUUUCUAUCUGAGGAGGAGUGUGAUCACCUAAUUAAUCUGGCCAAGGAUAAGCUGGAAAAAUCUAUGGUGGCUGAUAAUGAAUCGGGUAAGAGUAUUAUGAGUGAAGUAAGAACGAGCUCUGGAAUGUUUCUUCAGAAGUCUCAGGAUAAAAUAGUUGCUGACAUUGAGGCCAGGAUUGCAGCAUGGACUUUCCUUCCACAAGAAAAUGGGGAGUCGAUGCAGAUAUUGCAUUAUGAGAAUGGUGAGAAGUAUGAACCACAUUUUGAUUAUUUUCAUGACAAGGCGAAUCAAGAACUGGGUGGCCACCGGGUUGCCACUGUGUUGAUGUAUUUGUCUAAUAUUGCAAAGGGUGGGGAAACGAUAUUUCCCAAUUCAGAGGGAAAAUUGACGCAACCUAAAGAUGAUAGUUUGUCCGAAUGUGCUAAAAAUGGCUAUGCAGUGAAACCAUACAAAGGUGAUGCCUUGCUGUUCUUCAGCCUUCAUCCAGAUUCGACCACUGAUCCAAGCAGCUUGCAUGGAAGUUGCCCUGUCAUUGAGGGUGAGAAGUGGUCAGCCACCAAGUGGAUUCAUGUUAGGUCUUUUGACAAGCCAAUGAAGCGAUUAGGUAGUGAUGGUUGUACGGAUGAAAACGCUAGCUGCCCUCUAUGGGCCAAGACAGGUGAAUGUGAAAAGAACCCUGUUUAUAUGGUGGGUUCUGAGAAAGGACCUGGUUUUUGCCGGAAGAGUUGCAACGCUUGUUCUGCCUAGGGAUUCUACCUUACUUUUCUAUAGUUCAUAAUUUCCCCGAUGUUGGUUCUUUAGAAUCCCAGAUAUUGUAUAUAAUUAAUAUAUGUAUCAUUGAACCAUGUCAUGUUGUAGCUGUCUAAAUUCCCCACUCGUAUUACGCCCGCAUUUUUUAACUGUCAAGUGUAUUUUUAAACAGUUAAGGUGUCGCGGAUGAUUAAUUGCUUUCUUUUUAUCAAUGAUACAUUUCAUAGAAAACGUUAUUUCA